CCAUAGGAACGCAGAAGCGGCUUGUGUGUGUCUGCGUGUGUGUGUGUGUAGGUACGCUUGCUCGGCGGUUAGAAACGACUGGCUGGGCGGAUAUGGAGGGGCUCGGGAAAAACGCUGGGAACUGACCGAGUACCGAAACGAAGAGUGAAAGAGAGAGAGAGGGAGAAGAAGGACUGACGGAUAGCACGGUAGGAAGGACGGAAGGAAAGGAGGAGAGGAGGAGAGAGAAGUCUAAAAGAGGAGAGGAAGAGUGUGAAGAAGGGGCUCGUCUGGAACACAGAAGGAUCCUAAGGAGCGAGCCCUGGGCUGGAUGGGACCCACCAUGCCCCCCAGUAAAAAGGCCCAGAGCCCCAGUAGUGGAGCUAGUGCCUCACAGGGCAUGAGCCCGCCGUACCGGCAAGGUGACGCCGCCACGGCGGCGUCUGAAGCCGAGGCGGCUGACCUCUCCCUUUCCCUGUCCGCCUCCUUCUCCAAGGCCGAAGACGAAGAGCUCACCAGCCUCUCCUGGCUCCACGAGAGCACGGACCUCCUCAACAGCUUCAGCCAUUCUGGGCUUCGUAGCGUCUCCCCUCUGCAGGACCCCGAUGGCCAGCACCCUCGCUCGCCCUCCUCCUCGUCUCCCUCCCCAGACGACCCCCUGCUCGGUGACGCACACUCAGCGUACGACUUGACGGCGGGGGCCAACCGAAAACCUCCGUACUCCUUCAGCUGCCUGAUUUUCAUGGCCAUCGAGGAUGCGCCAAACAAGCGGCUGCCGGUGAAGGAUAUCUACGGCUGGAUUCUGGAGCACUUCCCUUACUUUGCAAGCGCCCCCACAGGCUGGAAGAACUCAGUGCGCCACAACCUGUCGCUCAACAAGUGCUUCAAGAAGGUGGAUAAAGAUCGCAGCCAGAGCAUAGGCAAAGGCUCUUUGUGGUCCAUAGAUCCAGAGUACAGGCACAACCUGAUCCAGGCUCUGAAGAAGACGCCGUACCAUCCCUACUCGCCCAGCCUGACCACCCCCUCCACCUCCCCACCCACCCUACCGCAGACAUUUCACCACAGUCCUCCGUUGUGGUCGGGGAGUCCCCUCUUCAGAAAGAACGGAGGAGUACUCCUACAAGUUCCUCGAGGUGUGAUCCAAAAUGGCGCCCGUGUCAGGAGCCAGGCCCUCUUCCCUGUUAUCAGACCCUUACCUGUAAGCCCUGUGGGGAGCAGAACCUCGGCCAUAAGAUCAUCCCUGGGCGAUUAUCUAAGCCGAGGACAGGACAGCCCAACCUGCUACUCUCCUCCGCCCUGCGGCGAGGACCUCCAGGACGACCACACUUACAGCACCGCCAAAUCCCCCAGCAGGCUGUGCUCCUCCCAGGUCACCUCCCCUUCCUCCCCCGUGGACGACGACGACAUUAUCGCCGUGGAAAUCCAAUCAGACGUCAAACCCGAGCCCCGGGAGAUCCCACUGGACUCUCACGUCACCACUGCCGCCACCACCACUACCUACAUUUCCCAGCAGCCCCCGCGCGGACAGAGACGUAGUUUGGGGGGAGCCGGGACUCUGGCUGGGAGCAGUUUGCCCUGGACCAAAAGCCGAGCGAGAGGCAUUAGUGACACGCUGCCGCUGAAGAAGCGGCGCGCGGCGACGGUGGAGAAGCCGCCGGAGAGCGACGACGAGGAGAUGAAAGAGGCGGCGGGAUCGCUGCUCCACCUGGCGGGGGUUAGAGCCUGCCUCAACAACAUCACAAACCGCACCGCCAAGGGCCAGAAGGAGCAGAAAGAGGCCCUGAGAAACUAAGACACACACACAUAGAACAAAGCAUAGACACACACACAGACGGCUUAU